AUGGAAACGCUGACGCUUGUCCCUCUCCGCCCAGACGGCGUGCGGGCAACGCUUGAGUUUGUCUUCGCCGUCCACCCCUCCAGCACCGUCAAGGUAUCUGAGGCAGCAGUGCCACAGAAGAGGGGGGCAAACAUUACUCACGAAUCCCUCAAUAUUGCCAGCAACCUGCUCUCCGUGCCACCGGCUUCAGUGGAACCCGAGACAUGGUACUCAGCAAUCUCACCGCAGCUUUUCACUCUGCUUGAUGGAGGUGAAGGAUUGGAACUAAUGAAAGCCGCCUCGUAUGUCAUCGGAUUUGGCGUCUUGGGUCGGAAGGCGUCGGGAGCUCCUGGUACCGCUGGGUGGAAAUUCUUAGCAGAGCCGCUGCUGACCCGCAUCAAGCCUUUCCCUGGCUUUCUGGAUGAAGUAGAUGCAAAGUUGGACGGUGUAAUCGACCUGACGAGCGACAAGGUGGUCGUCCGUAACGACGAGUUGGCUAUAGCACUUCGUCGACUGCGGUCAUUAACUGCCUCUCACCCAAACCCAGGGCUGUGCAAGCGGCUGCUCUCUCCCGUGCUCCUCCCACUCUGGGCUCUUUCAUCAUGGCACGAUGCCCAGCCGUCUACCCAAGAGAAUAUCUGUACCCCGGCGCUGGAACUUUUGAAAAUCUAUCUCAAAUUAGCGUCAUCUGCUGACAUCGUGUUGUUCUUCGUCAAAAAUCUGAGCUACAUUGGCGGCUAUGACAAGGGUAGUCCUGAGUGGAUCUACAAGACAACGGGACAGGGUCACAUCGAGAUUGUGGAUGUGAGGCAGUCUAUGGGGAAUGUUAGCCAAACAGCUCCUCAGAUCAGGUUGGAUGAUGUCGAUGGAAAGAUCUCCAAGUUAUUAGAUCUCAUCACAUCGACGCUUUCCGACGCCGAUAUUUCCACUUCGUUCCUGGAGCUCCUUAAAAGGUGGCUAAAGUCAUCUCAGAAUCUCAAGAGGAGGGACAUUUUUGUCAAGCUUCAGGAAGACACAGAGGACCCUCUAGCCCAGUUAGUUGAGAUCAAGACCCUCCAGGCAAUGAUGGAGAAGUUCCCAGAAAAGCUCGCCACCCAACCGAAGCGCAUCCUUGAUCUAGUCAGCCAGAUCCUGGCUCACGCAGGAGACAACCCCGAGGAGGAUGACGAGGUUCCUGGUGUCGCGCUGAGUCUUCUAAACAUGAUUAUCACAACCCCAGGCUUCCAGAAGGCAAGAGUUCCCCCGGAAGUCCUCACCGUUAUCGAGUCAUCCCUAGACAAGUUAGGCAAGGGGGGAACCGACAACAACCUCUCCCAAACAGCAAACAAUCUACGCCUCCUUUUGCGAUACCGCGAUGAGGUCGACGCACCAUCGGACGCCACAAGCGCACCCACCGACCGCCAAAUCGAAGACCGCAAAACGUACAACCUCGCCAUCUCUUACAUCUCCCAACCCGACUCCCCUCCCCCCGUCCGGUCCGAAGGCCUCAACCUCAUAGGAACCCUGAUUACCUCGCAGAGCCCCAUCCUUGACAUCCCCGGCAUCUUGGUGCUCCUCUCAUCCCAGAUCGCCGACAGCGAUGAGUACAUCUACCUGCGCGUCAUCAAGCUGUACACGCUGCUUUGCAACAAGCACCCGCGCGCGGUGACCAACGAACUAGUCGACCACUUUGUCGACGCGAAAGAAACGCACUCGGUCGACGCGCGCCUGCGGUUCGGGGAGGCCCUGUUGCAGGUGAUUGAACGGCUUGGAGAGACAUUUACGGACGCAGUCGCCACCCAGGUCGGCAACGCGUUGCUGGCGGUGGCGGGCCGGCGGGGGCGGCGGCCCAAGACGGAGGCGAGACAGGCCAGGGAGGCCAGGGCACAGGAGCGCAAGAACCGUGAGGCCGACGAGGUCUGGGGCGGCAAGGUGCCCGAUUUCAGCGACCCCGUCUCCCCUGAGGAAAAGGCAAGGAAUGAGCUGCUCGAGCGUAUCGUCGAGGGCUGGGAGAGCAAGCGUGCCAGCGAGGACAUCAGGAUCCGCGCCUCAGCGCUGUCCGUCCUCGGCGCCGCCCUCGAGAGCAACAUUGCUGGGCUGGGCCAGUCGCUCGUCACGGCCGGGGUGGAUCUUUGCAUGGCUGUGCUGCAGUUGGAGAGAGAGCCCGAGAAGGGGAUCCUGAGGCGGGCCGCGGUGGUGUUUGUUAUGAGCUUUGUGAGGGCGCUGGACGUGGCGAGGAAGAGCGGGCGGAAGCUGGGGAUCGGAUUCGGCAAGGGGGCGCAGGAGGACGUGAUGAGGACGCUGAGAUACGUGGCGGCGACGGAUGAGGAUGGACUGGUGGUGCAGCAUGCGAAGGAUGUAGUGGAGAGUCUGGAGAAUUGGCAGCUCGUGAGGCUGCUGCCUGAGGAAGACGACUCCGGCGGCCAGGGAAUAUUGGCUGGUGUUGGUGGUGGGGGCCUGAAGAAGCUGGCCGGGUUGGAGGUGAAUCCGGAGAGAUCAGCUGCUCCACCUAGUGAUUCUAGGCUAGGGCCGAGGAUAGAGGAGAUUGAAUAA